AUCAAAGGGGUGCAAUCGCAAUUGCUCACGCGAGAUCAAAUCCGCUCCGAAUCCAAUUUCACAGUGUGAAGGGAGAAGAAGAUGCAGUGGUACGUCGUCGCUUCAUUCCUCACCGUUCUCACAAGCUCUCAGGGUAUAUUGACGACAUUGUCUCAGAGUAAUGGGGGGUACAAGUAUGACUAUGCUACUGUGCCUUUUCUUGCUGAAGUUUUUAAGCUAAUUGUGUCUAGUUUGAUGCUGUGGAGAGAAUGCCAGGCAUCGCCUCCUCCUAAAAUCACGACUGAUUGGAGAAGUGUACGGUUGUAUCCGAUUCCGUCAAUCAUAUACCUCAUUCACAACAAUGUGCAGUUUGCCACAUUGACUUAUGUUGAUACCUCCACUUAUCAGAUAAUGGGAAACUUAAAGAUUGUUACGACUGGAAUACUGUUCAGGCUAUUUUUGAGGAGGAAGCUUUCUAAUUUGCAGUGGAUGGCUAUCGUUCUAUUGGCUAUUGGAACAACCACAAGCCAGGUCAAAGGUUGUGGAGAAACUUCUUGUGAGUCGCUCUUUUCGUCUCCAAUUCAAGGAUACAUGCUGGGUGUAUUAUCAGCUUGUCUCUCUGCUCUGGCUGGUGUGUACACGGAAUUCUUGAUGAAAAAGAACAAUGACAGCUUAUAUUGGCAGAAUAUUCAAUUAUACACAUUUGGUGCAAUAUUCAACAUGGCCAAACUGGCUACUGAUGAUUUCAGAAGUGGAUUCGAGAAUGGUCCAUGGUGGCGACGCCUUUUCAAUGGAUAUAGUGUAACAACUUGGUUGGUAGUGCUAAAUCUUGGUUCAACUGGACUGCUAGUAUCGUGGUUGAUGAAGUAUGCAGAUAACAUUGUUAAGGUGUAUUCAACGUCGAUGGCCAUGUUAUUGACAAUGCUGGUAUCUGUGUACAUUUUCCAUUUCAAACCGACUCUUCAGCUCUUUUUGGGAAUUGUGAUCUGCAUGAUGUCACUGCACAUGUAUUUUGCCCCUCCAACCGUGCUUGUGGACUUGCCUCUGACGACAAAAGCAUCACCUGAAAAUCUGGAUGAAGUUUCUGCUAAUCGAAGAACAGCUUCCUAGAGUUCAACUUCAAGUGAGCCUCAAUCCUCUCGAAUCAUCCCUUUUUUCAUUCAGGAAAUUGCAGAGAGGAAUAGUUUCCAAUCCUCAGAGGAUGGAAAAUGUAGAGUCGCAACCUGUAGAAACAUGGAACUAAGACAGAAUCACCACAUGAUUUUUUACAGGAGCAAGUUAGUUAGUUAGUUAGUUAGCUGUAUUAAAAACUUGUCUGAGUACAUGAUCGUGAAAAUUCUUGCUAUCCGAGUUCAUCUUGUUAGACUCGAGUGUACGAACCAUAUAAGAACAUCCGUUCCAAGUCUAUAUCGGUGUAUAGCCACAUCUAAUCUUGUUAUACACUACUUUGGAAUAUUUUGUAGUAGUUGUUACACAAUUGUUUAUACAGCUCCUUUUUGUGUGUUUGUGUCUAUGUGAGAGAGAAAGAGUGAUAUGUCUUGGUGGGCAAUUACGGGGUGAUUUCUCCGUCAAGCACCACCACCGGUGGGGGCGGCCAUAACAACCGACAACGAGAACUGUGCCACCAUGUGAGGAGUGCCUCCUUUUUUUCUCCCAGGUCCAAAAUGAUCUCUCAUUUGAUUCUAAGAAGGGUAGUCAAAACUUAGGAAGAAAAUAAAAUGAUGGGAGGAGGGAUUGAAUCUCUACCCCCUAGAAAUGUUGGUGGUCUCGGUGGUGGUGACGGUCGUCCAAAUGGGCAGGUGGUGAGCAACCGGGGCGGGUUCCAAAUGCCGUUGCACUACCCGAGAUAUAAUAGAGCGGAGUACGAAACUAUGCCGGAGUGGAAAGUGGACUGUUUGCUAAAUGAGUAUGGGCUACAUGUGAGUGGGGAUGUGGAGCAUAAGAGAAGAUUUGCAAUGGGAGCAUUUUUAUGGGGUUUUUGAGGUUUGCUUGUGUUUUGUGUGGUUUAUGCUUAUUGUGUAAAAUUCAGUAAAUGUGUUAACAAUAAUGUAGUAAUUGUGAGUGCCAGUGUGGGUCGUGCAUCUAAGAAUUAGUUCGUUAAUAAAAAUUUUAAGUGACACUCUUCUCCUAUUUCUACUAAAUCUAUACUCCGUCCGUAUCUGUUCCAUGUUAAUAGAGCCAUUUUUCUAUU